GUUUGCGACAACAAACGGCAAGAAGCCUCUCCGCUCCAAACCAGUCUUAUUAAAAGCAGUCGAACAAGGAAGUCGACCAUUAUUAUCCCUUGGUGUUUCUUUGCUAAAACCGCGUGUGAUUAAGGUUUCAUAUACGCGGAUCUCAACAUCUGAUGGUCUGAAAAGUGAAUUUGCAUUUCAGUUGGUUCAAGUGCAAUUCAAUAAACAUGUUUUUGACACUGGCAGCUGCAAUUCUCCUCAGUUUCACAACAAAAUACUCCCUCGCAGCCGACAUUCCAUCUCAAUUAAAUUGCACACGCACGAUAAGAGUCGACAGAAAAGCGCCGUGUUCUCUACGUGACGAAGCUAUAGGUAAAAAUGAAAUUGUAUGUUUCAAAGCUGACUCUGGCCAUGUUCAACUGUGGUAUGAUCGCGAAUGGCGCCAUGGUUACAAACAUUCGAAGCUUCUGUCUUAUGGUGGCUGUGAUGAAAACUUGAGAAAAAUGAAGAAAUGGAAAGCCAUGUCAAGAUGUUUUUCAUUUAUAUCGAAUACGAACUGUUUAAAAGUGGUAAACAGAGAACUGGGAGAUUUUUUUUUCCUGCUGUGUGCAGUGGACUACAAAGGUUGCCUUUCAAAUAUUCGCCAAAGACACCUCAAAUGGCGGCCAUGUUCAGUACAGGAUACGACAAAAACACCAGCGAAAAAAAAGCCGUCUAAAAAUGCCAAAGCUCAACGAUCAAAGGCUAAUCCUACACCUCCAGUAGUUAAAAGGCAAUUGAAGGGUCAGCACGGUCUCUUUAAAUCUCCCAACUAUCCCCAAAACUACGGAACAAAUCAGAAUUAUGCGUACAUCAUAACAUUCCCAGAAAACAAGAGAAUUCAGUUGGUGUUCAGCCAUGUGGAUCUUGCGAAGCCUGACAGUGAUGGUGAAUGCACUAAAGAUUAUAUUCGUAUUUAUGAUGGGAUUAAAACCUGGUCAUCAAAACUUUAUACGUUCUGUGGCAAUGGUAGUGAAUAUGUCAACAAACCAAUUGUAUCGAAAAAUAAUGAACUGAAAAUAACUUUUGUCAGUGACAAAGAGAAUGGUAAUAAUAAAGGAUUCAAAGCAACUUAUGGCGUUUAUCAGGAACCCAUAGUGACAAAGGUAAUCAAAAAGAAGAUGACUGGAGUGAUAAUUGGAACGGCAUGUGGGUUAUUCUUUUUUGCUAUCACCCUUUUGGCGAUAUGUCAAUCCAGGCGAGUAACCGAACUUUAUGUUCAAUCUGAGGAACAAACAUUGAAUGGCGAUUCCGACGUUGUGCAGGAAAAGGCUCCACCCUCCUAUGAUAUUGUGAUGGCCUCGCCUGAGAAGUACCCAGUUAGUCUUUACCCAAUGAAUAGCAAGGAAGACCAUUGGAUUGAAAUACCAGAGAACGAAGAGCUACCAGCUUAUCCCGGCCUUCCGCCCACCCGCAAAGAGCCUGAAGACGAUGUACAGGAAUACAACUCUGAGCGUGAGAUGACAGAGGAUAACGAGCUAACGCAGGAUGUCGAGACAGAUGAAAAACUGAAUGGUCAGGAUUCUGACGUGUGCAGUAUCACGAGAGAUACUAGCAUCUGGGUCGUCGGCCUUAGAGAAGAAAGUAAAUUAGGAAUCGACGCGAGGAAAGGAAGUUUCGCUGGAGAUGAGAGCGAUGAGGGAGGAAGUGACGUCGGUGAAGAUGACAUGGGAGAAAGUGACGUCGGAGAAGAUGACGUGGGAGAGAGUGACGUCGGAGAAGAUGACGUCGGAGAAGAUGACGUGGGAGAAGGUGACAUCGGAGAAGAUGACGUGGGAGAAAGUGACGUCGGAGAAGAUGACGUGGGAAGAAGUGACGUCGGAGAAAGUGUCGGAGGACGUGACGUCAGAGAAGAGAAUGGUGUUGAAGGAUGUGGUGUAAAAAUUGUUGAAACGAGUGGCAUCAGAAAAGAAAGUGAUUUGCAGAAAGGAUCUGACAUCAAAAGAGUAUUCGAUACCAAAAUUGAUGUUGGCUUUCAUGAAUUGAGCAUGCGCACAACCAACAGUGUGUAGCACACUUUUAACUGCACGCACUCCAAUAAUGCAUAGGCGUAUGAAUCGUCAUUGAUCCGUUAGAAUGAGUUGAACAUUGAAUGAAUAUUCAUUCAUUGUAGUUGAUUAUGGAUAUAACUUCGUAGUUGACUAAAUGAGCAAGUAACUCUAUGAUAGAUCGGUAACGAUAGUUAACACCAGAUUUAAAAAACAUUGCGAUGUUUUAUAUAGAGGAUUUCUAGAGCCUCGUUAGAGAAUAGUUGCACUUUUUAUCUUGAAAGCACCCGCUUCCUGACGAACAUGUGGCAGAUAAUAUUUCCACAAUGUAAAUUCAUACAUUUGUAGAUACAAAUGAAUAAAUAGGCUUCUAAAU